UCGGGACGGCCAAGUGCUCGUCGGAACAGAAGAAAAUUUGUGAGUGAACGAAAAUGGAGGUUGCCUGCCAACCUCUGUCUUCACAUCGCUCCGGAGUUAGUGACGACGGUAGUUUAAUGACUACGAACGAGCAGUUAAGUGAGUUCCAAGACAUAAUUCAAAGAAUGGAUCGUAUUCUGAACGAACACGUAACAACGAACUCGUGUUCUGCUAGUUUGACGAACAGAACUCUGGAUCUUGUUGGGAUCGACCGCACGCCGAAUAAUCAGCUUUGUCGUAGCGCUCCUCCUACUUCGACUGUUGCAGAAGACGUGUUCCCCCCGGCGCCCGAAAGACGAGCGUCGGUGGGCAAAGAAAUUCCUGCCACUGUUCGGGUUAAUAUCGGCAUCGACGAGGACCUGAAAAUGAUUCUUGAAAUGGACCCCAGUAUUAUAGACGUGGUGGCGACGGACAGCCAGACACAGCAGCAGCAGGUGUCACCUCCGGACAAGGUGGUGGGGUUACCUCCGCGAGCUGGCGGUCCUCCGACGUUCAAGACGGCGACGUCCACGUCUCGCACUCAGCUGAAGCUGCAGUUGAUGAGAGAGCAGAUCCAGCAGCAAGAACGUCGCGAGGCAGAACUGAGGCAGCAGCAGCUGGAACGGCGUCUCCAGCCGCUCUCCGCCGCCCUCAAAGUUCCUGUCAGCAUCCAGAGCGUCGACGUACCUCCGCAAGUCUUGCAAGUGCGGACAGGCCUGGAGAACCCAACUCGCUACCACGUGAUCCAGAAACAGAAGAGCCAAGUGCGGCAGUACUUGAGCGAAUCAUUCCAGCAGCCGCUAGAUGUCACUGGUGCUGGUGACUUUCGUAAUGGCGUCGUACAGGUCCAGAGCGCCCCGAAUCUUGCUACGAUAACUCUGCAGAACCACCACGUGAUCGGCGUUAGUCCGGAUAAUGCAGUGUCACCAAGUCUGAGCUCCGUUGCCACGAGCACCGACGAGGCUGAAGAGGUGCUGGAAGAUAUUUUAUCUUACGAAGCCAGUUCUUUGGCGUCGGAUGGCCUUAAGGUGACAGAUUCGUCACUGAACAUUUCAUCAGACAUUCAGGUUGGAACCGGAAGCCUCUAUGAACAGCUGAUAGCGUAUGGAAAUGGGGCGCUCAAGACGAGCAACUCUUGCCCUCCCGAUCUGCCACAGAUUAAGCCAGAACCACUUCAGCUUAGCGACGCAGAAAUUCAUGCGAUUGCCAAAGACAGGCAGAAGAAGGAUAAUCAUAACAUGAUUGAAAGACGACGGCGUUUCAACAUCAAUGACCGAAUCAAAGAAUUGGGAACGCUGCUACCAAAAAACAAUGAUCCCUUCCACGAAAUUGUGCGAGAUGUUCGACCCAACAAGGGCACCAUUCUUAAGUCAUCUGUGGAUUACAUCAAGGUCCUAAAACACGAGGUGCAGCGAAUGAAACAAGUGGAGGCGAGGCAGAAGCAGCUGGAGCUCCAGAACCGGCGCCUCUUCCUUCGAAUACAGGAAUUGGAACUGCUGGCAAAAUCACAUGGACUGCCGGUGUCUGAGUUCGCAUGGCAAUCCUCCACCCCAUCACCUGUUAUCACCAGCUACUUCAAGUCCCAUCACGUGAUACAGGACCCAUUGCUUGAUCAAACAUUGGAUGGCGGUACACCACGAUUCAGCAUGCAGAUGCAAGACACUAUUAUAGAAACGUCAGCUCUAAGCGCGUCCCAAGUAGAUCUAAUGGAAGAUGAUCAUCCUGUAAAUGGCGACCCAAUGCUCUCGUCUCCGCACGUGCCGAGCCCAGGAGAGCCGCACCACAUAGAUGAUGAUGACGACGACGACGAUAAUGAACUCGACAGUGACUCUCUUGUGGAUAUGGACAUGGUGGCAUGAUCCUACUUGUUUGACAGCUGUUGAGGCGUCUGAAAAUUAGUUGAUGACUAUAGAGAGGGCUUCUUGAGCUCGUAGCACAGUACGGAGUCAGCAUUUGUUUAGUAGCCAUGUUUCUGUGAAACAAGUGAUUACUGACUGAAAUGCUUCAAGCACUCAGAUUCACGCUGAUUUUGAUCAGGCCUUGUUACUUCGGUUGCAUAUUUUACGUGCAGAAAAGUUUGCAAAUUGCAUGAUCUGUGAAAUAAUCCUACAAAAUAAAACAAUGAUGCGGUACUGGAAUGUUUAGAUUGUGUCACGUUGACGACCUGAUGUGGGACAUCAGAGCGUAACAAGAUAUGACCGAUGAAGUGUCUGGUACCUGAGUGCCUGAACGUGAAAUGUGUGGCUGCUGCAUAGUUUAUGAUGCUGACUGAUUAUAAAAUCUUCUCGGGCAACCAGCCAUGUCAAUUCGCAGCAUAAGUCAGAUGUUUCAGGGACCUCUCCUCUCUCCGUUAUCAGGGAGUGGUGUGAUGGAUAACCAGUGUUUGUUGUUCAUGUGCAUAAUUGAUUCCCCUUCCCAUGUGGCCAAGCAUAGAACGCCCUCAUUAACAUCUGCAGAAAGCAAAUAAGGUUAGGCAGUGCUUGGACCGGACUGAGGUCACAUCAGGCGACACGGAGACCAAAAGAAGCUGGAGGGGUUACUGCAGUUUCAGACGACGGUACUUUUGACUGAUGACAGAUGAUUUGUGGUUUUUAGACGACACUGAUCAGGUCAUUCUGAUCCAAAGAUCCAGAUGCAUUCAUUGGUCUGGCUGCAUUGAUUAUGUAUUUUAACGAGAAACAGCGGUGACAUGUCACAUCAUUCCCUGUAGAUCGAGAAACACUGGGUUUCUGAAAUGCUGGACUUUGCUCCAGAUUGAUGCUGCUGGUUGCCUGAGAAGAUUUUAUCGCAUUUAGUCACUGUGAAAGCUUCAAGUCAUAUCUGACUGAUGAUGUUAAGUUUUGAAAAGUUUAUCAUUAUCAUACUUUUGACUAUGUUAUGUGAUUAUACUUGAUUUUCAAGAAUGGUGAUAUACGAAGUCACAUUUUCAAAUAGUUUAUAUAUAUUGAUAUAUAUUACUAUAAAACUGUUAUGUUUGUUAAGAAAGCAAAGCAUUGAUGAAAGAGGGAACAUAUUUCAUAAGUACAUUGUUUUCAACAGUCAUUAGCCAGUUAAUGUCUUUAAAGCAAAUAUAUAUAUAAUUACAAAAUUAUACGAGAUAUUUAGUAAUAUUUCUAUUUUCAUGUAUUACAUGCAAUUGAUAUGUAUAUGAUGUCUUCCACGAAUGAAAACUGAUGGAGCAGCGUUUUGCAUUUAUAUAUGCAUGCAUGUGUUUAUAUGUAUAUAUGUACACCAAAUAAGUGCAUACAUACUGUGAACAGCUUAUACAGUGUACAUGAAAUAUGACCAUUAAAAAUUUUGGAACCCGUAUUUGCAAAUUUCAUGAAGAAUUGAUUUUUGUGUGUGAAGAGUCUGUUAUGUAUGGGUGAAACCACGUGGAUGGACGUCUGUUGAGUAGACGUGAAUGUUGCAGUUUGAAUAGCACAGAGUCGAUUUCUUUUAUGUGUAUAUCGGGUUGCUUGCCAGAGACAUAUUUUUCUAAGUAAUUAAAAGUUUGAUCUCGUGCGCUUGACACGGAAGAAGAGGACAGAGCAGGCAUCUGCAGUCUGUCGUGAUGUUGAAUGCCUGAUGAUAAUACACAAGAUUUAUAUAGGAAUUUGCUAUCCUUGUAUUUUUAUGCAGUCCUUGUAUGUCAAAAACAAUACUGAAUAGUUUUCAUAGGGCCAUGCACUUGGAUACCUAUUUUUAUGUUAAAUUUUUUAAUGGCAGAUCAGUUAUUGCUUUCCUGUAUGGAAGAACGUCAUCUGUUCUGUUUGCCUUAUCGACAACAAUUCAUUUUAUCUUCAUGAGUAUCUAUUGAUGAAACGAGUUGUGAUAGUGUCACUUAUUAUAUAAUAAAAUGAAAAAGCUUAGUUAAAGACUUGUGAUAAUUCACUAUAUGAUAUGAAUGACCAAAUAAGGAUAUAUUUGCUUUUAGAGACAAUUGGGCAUUAAAAUAUCAAUAUGUGACCUGUGCGUAACUGAAAAGUUGUUCAGAUUUGAAAGGUUUUGUGAGUGUUCAAUUGACUGCCUGUAUCUUUCACCCUUAUUGUGCAUGUACAACAUAUUUGUAAUUUUAAUUUUGUCCUUAUAACCCCUAGUGAUUACUGGCUGUAAGAUACUUAGAGUAAAGGUGUAUUACUGUAAACCUUAUUUGCUACACUUUGUGUUCAAAGAGGAAUGCAUUAAAGAAUAAUCAGGUUUAGUGUGGAUAAAAUAUCCAGUAACUUCUCUGUUAUGGCAUCUCACUAUGAUGAAUGGCACAAGCACAUUAUUGAACCACAGUUCAUUAUCGAGGUGUCUUACAGGGAUUUGGGGAAGUUUUUCCCCCAGUUUUGGAAAGUGGCCUUGAAAGAAUAUGAUCAUGGAUUUAAAAUAACUGGCUGUGAUAAAAUAUACUAUACUUCAGUAUUGCA